AUGUUCAUCCGGGGAGAGCGCCUCAUGCUCCUCUCGGGGGAAUUCCAUCCAUUCCGACUGCCUAGUCCUGGUCUCUGGCUCGACGUCUUCCAGAAAGUCAAGGCAAUCGGCUACAAUGGGGUCUCUUUCUACACUGACUGGGGAUUACUCGAAGGUCAACCUGGAGAAGUUGUCGCACAAGGAGUUUUUGCUCUUCAAGAGUUCUUUUCCGCGGCCUCUCAGGCAGGAAUAUACUUGACUGCUAGACCAGGUCCAUACAUCAACGCCGAGACCGCUGCAGGUGGCUUUCCUGGCUGGGUCCUCAGGAUCAACGACACUUUGCGCUCCGAUACGCCUGGAUAUCUCGACGCUACACAAAACUACGUCUCGACGAUCGGAGCCAUCAUGGCCAAAGCCCAAAUCACCAACGGCGGUCCUGUCAUCCUAAUUCAGCCCGAGAACGAAUAUACAACUUGGCCUGGAGUGAACAUUUCAGACUUCCCGGAGCUGCCGCAGAAGGAAUAUAUGGCCUAUGUUGAAGGUCAAUUCAGGGAUGCGGGUAUCAUCGUGCCUUUUGUAUUCAACGAUAAUGAGGUCCAGGGAGAUUUUGCUCCAGGGACUGGUCUCGGUGAAACUGACGUUUAUGGCAUCGAUGCCUACCCCUUGCGUUACGACUGUGCCCACCCGACCGUUUGGCCAAAUAUUCGUUUUCCGCGGGAUUGGCAAAUCUUCCACGAACAGCAGAGUCCAUCAACGCCAUUUGCAGUCUUGGAAUUCCAAGGUGGGACAGGAACAUCAUGGGGCACCGUUUCCCAAGACAUGUGCAACGCCCUGGUCAACGAGGAAGCCGUGAGAAUCCUGUAUAAGAACAACUACAGCUUCGGCGUUAAGAUCCAAAAUAUAUAUAUGUUCUAUGGCGGCACGAACUGGGGCAAUUUGGGGUACAUGGGCGGCGACAGCUCGUACGACUAUGGCGCAGCCAUGACGGAAAGCCGACACGUAUGGCGCGAAAAGUACAGCGAAAUGAAGCUGCAGGCGAAUUUCUUCAAAGUCUCGCCGGCUUACUUGACCGCCAUGCCGGGGAAUGAAACGAAUGGGACGUAUACCGUGACGGACGACAUCACCGUCACGCCCGUCUUUGCCACCGAGAGCAACACGGGCUUCUAUGUUGUGAGACAUGCAAAUUGGACUUCGCUGGACAUCACGCCGUACAACAUGACUGUCUCGACGAGCAUUGGCGAUGUGAUGGUCCCGCAGCAAGGAGGGCAUCUGACGCUGUUUGGUCGCGAUGCUAAACUCUUUUUGACGGACUACGAUGUCGGUGGGAUCAACAUGAUAUAUUCCUCCGCCGAGGUCUUCACAUGGAACACCGACAGUUCCGGCAAGACCGUCCUGAUUCUGUACGGCGGCGCCAACGAACUUCACGAAAUGGCUUUCCCGCCAUCUCUGCCAGCCCCGAGCGUGGCGAAAGGGAGCAGUACGUCGUUGCAUUCAACGCCAUCUGGCUGGAUCAUCCAGUGGACCGUUGUACCAGACCGGCAGAUUCUUACAUUUGGGUCGUCGCUAGAGAUCCACCUGCUGUGGCGCAACGACGCGUAUACGCUGUGGACGCUAGAGCUUGAAGCAUCCGCGCCGAUAAGCAACUUCUCGUCUCCUUCAAAGGACAUGGUUGUGGUCAAAGGCGGCUAUCUUAUGCGUACGGCGGCCAUGGCCGAUGCGAAUCUCUAUCUCACAGGUGAUCUGAACUGCACAACGACGGUUGAACUCAUCUCGUCCCCGUCGGAGGUUGAAUGUAUAUUCUUCAACGGCGAGCAACUCACCACUUCCACAAAUGCGCAAGGAAAACUCGAGAGCAUGAUCAACUUCGUUGAGCCCUCUCUAUCACUCCCUUCAUUAGCCGACCAGACAUGGUGGUCUAUAUCCUCUUUGCCCGAACUGUCCGACCUGUAUUCCGAUGCCGCCUGGACCGAGUGCACACACACCUACACCACAAACCCCUUGCUCAACCUCUCGACUCCGACCUCGCUCUACGCGUCCGACUACGGCUUCCACACCUCCUCGCUCCUGUAUCGUGGGCACUUCACCGCCGAGGGGACCGAAACCUCUUUCUUUGCCAACAUCAGCGGCGGCUGGGCGUUCGGACACUCAGCUUGGCUCAACGGCACACACCUGGGCUCCUGGGCUGGUGAUCCGGGCAACAAGACGUACGCGCAGACAUUCACGUUUCCGGAACCCCUGGUCGCGGGGAGCGACUAUGUGCUCACGCUCCUAAUCGACCACAUGGGCCAGGAUGAGGAAGCACCGGGUACGGACGCGGUCAAAUUCCCCAUGGGGCUCCUCGACUUUUCCAUCUCCAACCGCAGCAAAAGCGACGUCGAGUGGAAAAUCCAAGGUAAUCUCGGCGGCGAGAACUACAUCGACAAGGUUCGGGGGCCGAGGAACGAAGGCGCCCUGUUCGUGGAGCGCAUGGGGUAUCAUCUACCAUUCCCACCUAUCGACACUGCGGCAUGGAGCGAGAAGAAUCCUAUGGACCCCACCGUUACCACCAUCGGUCCCGGAGCCGUCGAGUUCUUCGCCACAAACUUCACACUCGCGAUCCCCGAUGGGUACGACGUGCCACUAUCCUUCGUCUUCGCCAACACCUCUGCCUCCUCGCCCGCCACUUCCUACCGAGCCCAGCUCUGGAUCAACGGCUGGCAGUUCGGGAAGUACAUCUCGCAUCUGGGGCCACAGACGUCGUAUCCCGUCCCCGAGGGCAUCUUGAACUAUCAGGGCGUCAAUUGGGUGGGCGUGAGUGUCUGGAGCCUCGCCGGCCCAGGCGGCGCACCGGCCACCUUGGACGGAUUGGACAUCGUCGCGAAUAUGCCCGUCAUGAGUGGCAUGGCGAGACCCGCCGUGGUGGACAGUCCGGCUUGGGCGAGCAGGGAGGGGGCUUAUUGA